AUGAGUGAGACGUUUGGUCUUCAGUAUGUCAGCCCGUAUGCAUUUGAAGCAAUGCAAAAGGUGGAUGUAGUGCGUUUGGCUGCCUUGAGUGAUCCAGAGCUGAGGCUUUUGCUUCCAUGCCUGGUUCGCAUGGCCUUAUGUGCCCCGGCAGACCAAAGUCAGAGCUGGGCUCAAGACAAGAAAUUACUUCUACGGCUUCUAUCUGGAGUGGAGGCUGUGAAUUCCAUUGUGGCCCUGCUGUCUGUGGAUUUUCAUGCUUUGGAACAGGAUGCCAACAAAGAGCAGCAACUAAGACACAAGCUUGGGGGAAGUACUGGAGAAAGUAUUUUAGUAUCUCAACUUCAGCAUGGCCUUACAUUGGAGUUUGAACACAGUGACUCUCCUCGCCGGUUGCGUCUAGUGCUUAGUGAGUUGCUGGCAAUCAUGAAUAAGGUGGCAGAUUCAAAUGGUGAAUAUUUUUUUAAAUCGUCUGAACUGUUUGAAAGCCCUGUGCACAUGGAGGAAGCGGCAGAUGUUCUCUGCAUUUUACAAGCAGAAUUGCACACUCUUUUGCCAAUUACUGAAAUGGCUGAAGCUUUACUACAUGUUCGCAAUGGUGCCUGGUUCUUGUGCCUGCUGGUGGCUAAUGUUCCUGACAGUUUUAAUGAUGUAUGCAGGAGUUUGAUAAAGAAUGGAGAGCGCCAGGAUGAGGAGAGCACUGGAGGGAGACGAAGAACUGAAGCACUGCGUCAGCUGUGCAAAAUGAAUCCGUCACAGGCCCUCAAAGUGCGAGGCAUGGUGGUAGAGGAAUGUCACCUUCCGGGACUUGGUGUUGCUUUGACAUUGGACCACACUAAAAAUGAGGCAGGUGAUGAUGGUGUAAGCAACAUGGUUUGUUUUGUGAGUGGACUGCUACUUGGAACCAAUGCAAAAGUUCGUACGUGGUUUGGAACGUUUAUUCGCAAUGGUCAACUGAGAAGGCGAGAAAAUAGCAGCUCAGUGCUUUGGCAAAUGAGAAAACAGCUGCUCUCUGAGUUGAUGAGCAUUCUCCCAGCUGCGAAAAAAGCACAGAUGCCACAGGAGGGAGAUCCUGAGCGUGCAGCUUCUCUAUACUGUGGACUCAAAGAAGAACAUGUGGUGAAAGCCAGCUCUCUGCUUCGACUCUACUGUGCAUUGAUGGGAAUUGCUGGCCUUAAACCAACAGAUGAAGAAGCUGAGCAAGUACUUCAGCUCAUGACUAGUCGGCCACCUGCAACUCCUGGUGGCGUUCGCUUUGUCUCCCUUUCUUUCUGUAUGCUGCUGGCAUUUUCCACAUUGGUCAGCACCCCAGAACAAGAGCAGUUGAUGCUGAUGUGGCUAAGCUGGAUGAUUAAAGAGGAAGCAUAUUUUGAAAGCACUGCUGGUGUAUCAGCCUCGUUUGGAGAAAUGCUGUUGUUGGUUGCCAUGUAUUUUCAUAGCAACCAGUUGAGUGCCAUCAUUGAUUUGGUUUGCUCUACUUUGGGAAUGAAGAUUGUCAUCAAACCUAGCUCGCUUAGUAGAAUGAAGACUAUUUUCACCCAGGAGAUAUUUACAGAGCAGGUUGUCACAGCACAUGCAGUUCGUGUCCCUGUCACAAGCAACUUGAGUGCAAACAUUACUGGCUUUUUACCAAUUCACUGUAUUUAUCAGCUGCUGAGAAGUCGUGCUUUCACUAAGCACAAGGUAUCAAUAAAGGACUGGAUAUACACUCAGCUUUGUGAAACGACCCUUCCACUGCAUCAGCAGCUGCUCCCACUGAUUGAUGUGUACAUCAAUUCAGUCAUCACUCCAGCAUCAAAGUCUAGUCCAGAAGCCACUAACAAGCCAAUCACUGAGCAAGAAAUCCUGAAAGUUUUCCAGGGUCACCCAGGGGAGAGUCCACGCUUAAACCAAAGACACAGAAUAACUGCUCAGCUACUGUUGCUUUAUUACCUUCUUUCUUACGAGGAAGCUCUUUUAGCUAAUUCAAAGACAUUAGCGGCCAUGCAAAAAAAGCCAAAGUCUUACUCUUCAUCAUUGAUGGACCAAAUUCCUAUAAAAUAUCUUAUUCGACAAGCACAGGGCCUACAGCAGGAACUUGGAGGUUUACACUCUGCCUUGCUACGUCUGCUUGCUACAAACUACCCACAUCUCUGCAUUGUGGAUGACUGGAUCUGUGAGGAAGAAAUCACAGGGACAGAUGCUCUUUUGCGAAGGAUGCUAUUAACUAACUCUGCCAAAAGUCAUUCACCUAUACAGCUACAAGAGGCAUUUUCAGUACUGCAAAGCAACCACACACAACUGAUGCAAAUCUUGGAACAUUUGACUUUGCUUAGCGCUAGUGACCUAAUCCCUUAUGCGGAAGUGCUUACUGCUAAUAUGAGCCAGCUUCUGAAUGUUGGUGUUCCACGUAGGAUCUUGCAGACCAUCAACAAGUUGUGGAUGACCUUGAACACUGUCAUGCCCAGAAGGUUGUGGGUGAUGACAGUAAAUGCUUUACAACCUUCAUUAAAGUUGGCUCGUCAGCACAAAUACACACAGAAUGACCUCAUGAUUGACCCUCUGAUUGUUCUACGAUGUGAUGCCCGAAUUCUGAGGUGUCCACCAAUAAUGGAUAUCACAUUACACAUGCUGAAUGGUUACCUUUUAGCUUCCAAAGCUUAUCUGAACUCUUACCUCAAAGAGACUGCAGAUCAGGAUAUUAAACCAUCUCCCAGUAGUGCCAUGACCCUGGCAGGACAGGGAGAAACCAUGGAAGUUACCAGAGAAGAACUGAAGAAUGCACUGCUUUCAGCCCAGGAUAGCGCAGCAGUGCAGCUCCUGCUGGGAGGUUUGUCUUCCAGCAGAGGAAGAGAAGACUCAGGAGAACACAGAAGGAGAUGAGAGCCUACUUUGUAAUCUCAGAGAGGUUCAGUGCCUGAUUUGCUCUCUGCUUCAUCAGAUGUUUAUAGCAGACCCAAAUAUCGCUAAACUAGUCCAUUUUCAGGGCUACCCCUGUCAGCUGCUACCCCUGACUGUUGCAGGCAUACCAUCAAUGCACAUAUGUCUGGAUUUUAUACCUGAGCUCAUAGCUCAGCCAGAAUUAGAGAAACAGAUCUUUGCAAUACAGCUUCUUUCACACCUAUGCAUCCAGUAUGCUUUGCCAAAAUCGCUUAGCAUGGCACGUCUAGCCAUUAAUGUGAUGGGGACCUUGCUCACAGUACUAACUCAAGCUAAGCGUUAUAUAUUUUUCAUGCCAACCUUGCCCUGCUUAGUAUCCUUCUGCCAAGCAUUUCCACCACUGUAUGAAGACACCAUGUCACUGCUAAUACAAGUAGGACAAGUCUGUGCAUCAAAUGUGGCCACACAGACAAGAGAUGUUGACCCAAUUAUUACGCGUCUGCAGCAACUUAAAGAAAAACCAAAAGAGCUACCUAGCACGUUUUACCUUUCCACACUGUCUGUAUCUGCCAAAGAGGCAGAGAGUGUAGAUCCAGAUGUACAGCUCUGUCAGCGAGUUGAAAGUACCAUUAUUGAAAUAAUUUAUAUGAGUGUCACAGGAGUGUGA